UGCAUGCAUAAAUUUAUGGCAAAGGCCACCCUUUUGCCUGUGAUUUGCUUCAAUUCUGCCCUUCCCCACUAAAUCUUUUACAUAUAUAUUUUUCAUUUCUUGUCUCAAAAUCUUCAUUCUCUCACAUUUUAGUGUUCAAAGAAAAUAAAAGUGUUUUUAGUGUUCAAAGAAAAAAAAAAGUGAACUUUCGUAGAAUUUUGAAGUAAUUAUACAGAGAAAAUUAAUAUCAAAUUAAGGCAUGAAGAUUUCUAUUUGCAUUAUUGUAUUACUCGUUUCUCUCCUAUUUCUUCCUUGUUCUUCAAGACGUAUUGAUAGGUCUCGAUCACAUCACGGGCAUCAUCAUUCAUCUUCACCAUCAAGAACGAGGCAAGAUGAAAUAACGAACGUCCUUAACAAUUUCUUUAGAGAUCAUCGGAGACCUACAAAGAGAAGAGGAGGCGACGCAGUCCAAAUUGCCGGGUCAAGUUUGCCGGAUUGUUCACAUGCAUGCGGCUCAUGCACACCAUGCAGGCUAGUCAUGGUUAGCUUCGUUUGCUCCUCACUUGAAGAAGCUGAGACUUGUCCUAUGGCUUAUAAAUGUAUGUGUAGAAACAAAUCUUAUCCUGUACCAUGAUCUUGUUCAAUUAAUUAAUUUUUGGCUUAUUGUAACUAAUAGCUAGCUAGGUUAAUUAGGAUUAGGAGUUCAUCUCAUUUAUUUUGACAAUUUUAAAUUGUACUUUGGAGCUUCAAUUUCUUUGGUGUAAUCAGAAACUUUUUGUUUGCUACAAUGAAAUCUUUUAUAAAUGGUUUAAUUCCUUAAAA